CCAGGAACAACCUAGAGACUCCAUGUUUAUGUCAUUUCUCGGACUGCUAACUCACACUUUGUGUCGCGUUGCAUCAUUCACUUAUCACAGGGCUGCGGCACGGAGUACUCCGUAAUACUGCUCUCCCUCCAUCAGUUCCGCCGCGCUCCUUUUUAACUGAUCCUCGUUUGAUUACUGCUUAAGGGUAGCCAACCAGGUUGAAGAAAUAGAGUCGAAGCAAUGGCCACUCAAGAUCCACAGCGUUUUGAUACCCCCCAGACCGAUUCUGCCCACUUGGUACUUCGAGAAAAGAUACGUUUCUGCCAUCCGGGAUACCGGGAACCAAGGAACACAUUACUGGUUCUCCCGCGCGUCGAUCCUGCCACCACAUCCCUCUUUGGCAUACAUCAUCGAACAGCCCUCGUUGCAUGCCAGAUAAUUGCUAACAAUGCCUUUAACACUGGCCAUUUUACUUUGGAUAAAGACGGCCGGCAGCGUGCGAAUGUGCCCCCUGAUGGCAUUCUCACUGAUAGGAUAUAUUAUUUUAUUGUUGGAGAUGGCCCCAGCCAAUACCCUGUUGUACCAAGCUUUCGGGACUGGGAGUUCCCUCAUGCUCGCAUCCCACAUCCCUGGUCUCAGGUUCCCAUUGAAUUCCCUCCUGCCAUGGGCCGCUGUGCUGUUACCAAUUUUUCAAUCUGUCUUGAGGAGGCCCACCUCAUUCCAAAGGAAGAGGCCACCUGGUACACAAGGAAUGGAAUGAAUCUAUAUGGAGAGGAUUUAGGUGAUAUUGAUGGGCCAUUCAAUCUUGUUCCACUGAGAUCUGAUAUCCACAAGUGCUUUGACAAUCGAUGGUUUGCCAUCGUUCCAAAAGUUACUGGGACUGAAGUCGCUACUACAACAACCUCCUCUCCUCAAUAUGUUACACAUAUAUUUUCAAGUCGUGCAUCUGAAUAUUGGCCCACAUAUCAUAAUACCCGUGUCCAGUGUCUCAAAACCCAUUCCCCUCCAUAUAUCUUCGCUCGGUUCGCUUGGACCGUACUCCUCCAUGUCAAACCCUUUAUCAACAGUGGUGACUCGCGUCACAUAAUUCGACUUCAUGUAUCAUCUGAUGCAGAAGGUACCAGGAUGGAACGAAAGGCAGAGUUUCUCAGUGGUGCGGAGCUUAAGAAUAGUUAUGGCGGUGAGGAUUCAAAGAAUGCAACUCCAAGGAAGAGAUCAGCAGUAGGAAGUGCGGCGGAUGAUGGCAAUCUCACAGAGGCCGGUGAUAGCAGUGAUAGCAGUGUGGAUGGGGACUUCCGGGAUGAUAUGAUAGCUUUCUCAGAUAAACAUUGGCCAGAAGUUGUGAUCAUCAAUAACACCUCAUGA